AUGCUCAUGAUGAUGCUUGCACAAGGGGGCUAUGAACUAAAAGGUUACGGACCAAUUUUUGAAGAGCAGCCCAUUGAUACGGUAUAUCCAGAAGAGUCUCCAGAUGCAAAAGUGUCGAUGAACUGCAGAGCCCGAGGAAUCCCUACACCUACUUACAAGUGGCAACGUAACAACUGGGAUGUUGAUAUUAAACUGACAAAAGAACAUUAUAGUAUGGUAGGAGGUAACCUGGAAAUCAAUAAUCCUGAGAAGUCAAGGGAUGAAGGAACAUAUGUUUGCAUAGCAUACAAUAUACAUGGAACUAUUAGGAGCCGGGAAGCAACUUUAAACUUUGGAUAUUUAUAUCCUUUUCCUCCGGAAGAGAGACAUGCAGUAAAGGUACGAGAAGGUGUAGGUGCUGUUCUUCUCUGUGAUCCUCCACCUCAUUAUCCAGAUGAUCUAAGUUAUCGAUGGUUUCUGAAUGACUUCCCAGAAUUCAUUACUUUGGAUAAACGGCGAUAUGUGUCACAAACAAAUGGUAAUCUUUACAUUGCCAAAGUUGAACCUAGUGAUAAAGGCAACUAUUCAUGCUGUGUGACCAGUAAUUCAAUUACUAAGAGUGUAUUCAGCAGUUUCAUUCCACUUAUUCCUCAAACAGAUCGAUCAAAAGGCUAUGUGCCAGAUAUCAGAGUGAAGUUCAAAGAUACAUAUGCGCUUUUAGGACAAAAUGUGACGCUAGAAUGCUUUGCGCUUGGAAACCCUGUUCCUGAGCUUAGAUGGAGUAAAUAUCUUGAACCAAUGCCAAGCAGUGCAGAUAUAAGCAUGUCUGGUGCAGUCCUAAAGAUCUUCAAUAUUCAGUUUGAAGAUGAAGGAAUAUAUGAAUGUGAAGCUGAAAAUUACAGAGGAAAAGAUAAACAUUCAGCAAAAGUGUAUGUUCAAGCAUAUCCAGAAUGGGUGGAACAUAUUAAUGAUACCGAAAGAGAUAUUGGCAGUGAAUUCUAUUGGCCAUGUAUAGCUGCAGGCAAGCCUAUUCCAACAAUUCGGUGGCUGAGAAAUGGAUUACCGUAUUGGAAAGGAGAAUUGAGAUUUUCUAGCCUGAAGCUUGAAGAUUCAGGCAUGUAUCAAUGUGUAGCAGAAAAUAUACAUGGAAUGAUUUAUUCAAAUGCUGAAUUAAAAGUUAUUGUUUUACCUCCAACCUUUGAAUUCUAUCCAAUGAAGAAAGAGGUUUUGGCUGCAAAAGGAGGGCAGGCUAUAAUUGAGUGCAAGCCUAGAGCAGCUCCUAAGCCAAAAAUUACCUGGAGUAGAGGGACAGAAAUUCUUAGAAACUCAACCAGGAUACAUAUAUGGUAUGAUGGCAGCCUAGAAAUUAUUAAUGUUACAGCAGCAGAUGGAGGCAAUUACACCUGCUUUGUGGAAAACAACAAAGGGAAAGCUAACAGUUCUUCUGCUCUUAUAGUCACAGCUGCAACAAGGAUUACAUUAGCACCAACUAAUGUUGAUGUCAUUGUUGGAUUGAAUGCUACCAUGCAAUGUCUUGCAUCCCAUGAUCCUUCUUUAGACCUGACUUUUAUUUGGCUCUUAAAUGGAUAUCCAGUAGAUGUUGAUAAAGAGAGUGAUUAUUAUGAAAGAUCUAUCAUGAUAAAAGACAAUGGUGAACUUAUUGUCAAGAAUGCUCAGUUGCGGCAUGCUGGAAGAUACACAUGUGUUGCUCAGACAAUUGUUGAUAAUGCUACAGCUUCAGCUGAUCUUGUUGUGAGAGGUCCCCCAGGACCCCCUGGAGGACUCAAAGUAGAAGACAUUAAAAAUACAUCUGUAUUUCUUACAUGGAGCCGUGGGAUAGAAAAUCAUAGUCCUAUAUCAAAUUACACUAUUCAGUCAAGGACUUUUCUGUCCAAGUAUUGGAAAGACAUGAAAACAGAUCCUUCCAUUGUUGAUGGAAAUGCGGAAUCAGCAAAAGUUAUUGAUUUAAUUCCAUGGAUGGAAUAUGAAUUUCGUAUAAUGGCAACUAAUAUUUUAGGGACAGGAGAUCCUAGUAUACCAUCACAGAAAAUUAGAACAGAAGGAUCUCCUCCAAAUGUGGCCCCUUCUGAGGUUGGAGGAGGAGGUGGAAGCAAUAGAGAACUGACUAUAACAUGGGUGCCUUUGCCAAAAGAGUAUCACUUUGGUAAUAAUUUUGGAUAUGUGGUAGCUUUCAAGUCCUUUGAUCAAAAUGAUUGGAAAAGUGUUACAGUUCCUCAACCUGAUAUUGGUCGGUAUGUUCAUAAGGAUGAAUCAAUGCUUCCUUCAUCAAAGUAUCAAGUAAAGGUGAAAGCAUUUAAUAACAAAGGGGAAGGACCUUUCAGUCUUACUGCUAUUAUCUAUUCAGCAGAAGAUGCUCCUACUGAAAGACCUAGAAAUGUGAAAAUAAAAGUUCUGUCAUCCACAGAAGUAUCUGUUUCCUGGGAACACAUUUUCAAUCCAGCUGUUACUGGCUAUGAGAUCAGUUACUGGUCCAGCGGUGAAAAAGAAAUAGCUGCAAAUAGAGUGCAAGUGAACAGUCAGAAUUUUUCAGUAAUGUUAGAAAACCUGAAACCUUAUACAAAAUACUAUACAAAAGUAGCAGCUUUCAAUGCAGCUGGCAUUGGACCUUACAAUUAUCCUUUGGAUUUUGUUACAGAAAAAGCACCUCCAAGGCAGCAACCAAGAAUUAUUGAUGCUGUAAGGUCCGGUUCAAAGUACAUUAUCACAUGGGAGCAUGUUAAGUCACAGUCCAAUGAAUCUACUGUGAAAGGAUAUAAAGUGCUCUAUAGACCAGAUGGUCAAUUUAAUGGUACACUCUUUAAGACUGGUAACCAUUAUAUAGAAGUUCCUGCACCUGUUAAAGGUCAGUACAUUGUUGAAGUUCGGGUCCACAGUGAAGGGGGAGAUGGAGAAGUAGCUCUUGUAAAAAUUCCAGGAGCUGCUGCUGGAAUAUUCCCUAGCUGUCUUGGUUUAUUGUUGCCUGUUCUUGGUAUCCUUACCUUUUUGGAAUUCUGAAUGUAC